AUGAAGUUGCGCUUUCCAUUGGUUCUCAUAGCGCUCUUAUCUCUUGUCGCUGCCCUCUGGAGUUCGGAAGACUAUGAGAUAUUCAGUUUGAAUGACAAAGUUCGGAAGGAUCUCGGCCCAGACACAACGUUCUAUUCAUGGCUCGGUCUUCCAAAAGGUCCUAAAUCCACCAAAGAGGAGAUUGUUAAAGCGUACAGAAAAUUAUCCAGAAAGAAUCAUCCAGACAAGCUCAGAGGUAAGUCUUAUAAGCAUAAAAAGAAAGUUGAAGAAAGGUUUCAACGCCUUUCUGCGGUGGGAAACAUUUUGAAGAAUGAAUCAUUGAAAAAGCGUUAUGAUUAUUUCUACAGAAAUGGUUUUCCUACUUUGAAGGGAACCGACUAUCUCUAUUCAAGGUUUCGGCCAGGCAUUUUUGUCACAUUGUUCGUGGUGUUUGUCGUCGUGUCCUCCUUUCAGUAUAUCUCUCUUCGUAUAAGCAGAAGACAAGACUUCAAGAGAAUUUCCACUAUUGUGGAUGAUAUUAGAUUGCAGGCUUGGGGCAAUUCACUAGUUCCUCCUCUGGAUGGACUGGCAAGGAAAGUUGUUUCUCCCAAUGGCAAAGAGUUCCUUGUAUCAGCUGUUGGAGAUGUGAGUUUAGUGGAUCGCGACGAAGAUGGGAACGAGUUCUUGUCCCCCCUCGAUGCAAAUGCCAUUGAUGUCAAUCCUGGGUUUAAAGAGUCUUAUUUUUAUUUAUUUCCGUGCUACUUGUGGAAUUCUACUUUAGGUCGUUUGACAGGUUAUAUUAUAAACACCAAAAGCACCUACGUGAAUACCAAGAGCAAACAAACACUGUCUGAUUCCGUUGAACAUGGGAAGAAGAAGAAGAAGAAGGCAUCCCAAAAGGGUACAAAAGUAGAGUUACCCAAUGGUAAAGUUAUUUAUAGUCGUAAGAAACAAUGA